UACGGUUCACUCAUCUAUUUUUCAACAUGUACCUUUUUUAUCGGAAAAACAAGUAACACUCCCCAUAAUAGACUAUUAUGGGGAGUGUUACUUGUUUUUCCGAUAAAAAAGGUACAUGUUGAAAAAUAGAUGAGUGAACCGUAACCGAAGAAAAUUCCCUGAUUUAGUUUCAAGUGGCAAGACGCGUAAAACCGGAAAAUUUUCUUUCCUUUAACCCGCCCCGAAUCAAUAUUUUUUACCUCAACCCGAUCCGACCCGUUUCGGACUCUGGUAGAUAUAACUGAUUGCACAUGCCGAUGUAAGUGUGUGUGAUAUAUAAUAAAUAUAAUAUUCUUUGCUUAAUGCGCUUUAGUAUUCUAACUGCAUCACACUUGCGAGAAUAAUUGUAUUUUUAAGUAUUCAAUAAAUGAACAUGACGAAAAUCGUGUCAAGUACUAGAAUCAAUUGACAAACAAUUGUGUUUCAUUCGUUUUUGUUAUUAAAUAUUUUUUUGCAUGUUGUAAUGAAAAAGAAAGAAAAGCAACACUUUGCUGCACCGUUUUGUGCCACUUAAACAUAGAAGUAAAACUAACACGAUAAUCGAAUGUUUAUUUAUUAUUUUUUUUCUUAUCGUCGAUAUUUACUGUUUUGUUUUGCUUAAAUCAGUUGAAUAGAGAUUUUGAAUAUCGCACAAGUUUUUAACUUUAUAUUAAUAUUAUUUAAUACAAAAUUGACUAAAAUCUUAUUGUGUGACAGUCGCAUCUAUAAAUAUUUUUUCAAAUGAAAUUGAUGAUAUCGUCGAUUAGUAUUACCAUUUUGUUAAUAAAGUGAGACGUUUGAAUUUCAUAUUAUUAAUAUUGAAUAUCUGCCAAAUUACAUUAUCUUUUUUUAGUAAAAUCUAACUUAUUUUCCAUAAAAUAGUGGGAGUUUUCUGUAGAAAAAAUGGUGUAGAUAUAUCCAACGUCAAUCAAUUUGUAUUUUUUUUCUAAAUAUUUAUUGUGUUACUUAGUAGUUCAACGACAAGAGUUGAAAUUUGAAGGUGAAGUAGCUAAUUAUGCAGGAACAUUUUUUUUUCUUCUUCUCGGUUUUUUUAAUGAUUAAAAAUCUUAGAAUUAAAAAUUUUUUUUUCAGGAAUGCAACUGUUAAAAUGACUUGUUCAACCAGUAGUCAAGGAAGUUUAUCUCAAGAUGAAAUUGGAGAUGAAUCAUUUGUUGAUGAAAGUAAACAAGCUGAUAUUCAUAUGAGUAUUAGUCCAACAAAUUUGGAUGUAAUGAAAAAAUCAAAUUCAUUUUUUACCGAAAAUUAUGAAAAUUUAGAUGAUCAAAGACCAGAAAAUAAUUAUAAUCAUAUUGUUGGUGAACAUGAAGAUGAUGAUGUAGAAGAAGAACAGAAUACAGAAGAAGAUGAUGAUGAAGAACAACAACAAAAACUUGAAAGACGAAAAAGUUUAUCAGCAAGAUUUCGAUCAACAUCAAAAGAAAUUAAUUCUUUUGAACAUGUACCUGUACAACCACCGUUAACAAAACAUACUCGAUCUCAAAUAAUCGCAACUGAACCGAAAACAUCAUUUAAAUCAUUUAAUUCAACAAGAAAAAAUCGAAGUUCUCGUGCUCAAUCAGAAGAUCGUUUUCGUUCAUCGACAGUUUCCUUAUGUGAAUCAAUUCCGUCAUAUGCCGCACCAACGGCUAGUUCUAAAUUAAAAGCAAAUUCUAUGAGUGAACAACCAACAACAGCCACUGUCUCUUCCAAUAUAUCUUUUUCUUCUUCUUCUUCUUCUUCUUCAACGAUUAUACAUCAAGUUCGUCGUGCUCCAUCCGUUGUUUCUCUUCAAACCGCAACUGAUUCUUCUUCUUCUCGACCAUCAUCAGCUAAAACAUUAACAAACAAUAAUCAAUCAUCAUUAGAUCUUUGUAAAAAAUCUCGUUCAACACAAAAUUUAUCUCAAUUAUUAACUUCUUCCUCGACAACAACUACAAUUGCAGCCACCUGCUCAUCUUCAUCUACAACAAAUGUAAGAGAAGAAACAACAACAACAGUAAAAACCAAACCGUUAACAUUAAAACAGAUUAAAUUACAAUCUCAACAACAAAUUCGUCGUUUCAAAGGAAAACGGCCGCCAAAUUUACCAACAUCAUCAACUUCGCCACCAUCAAAUCCACCAGCACAAUCAUCGUCCACCUCUUCAUCGUGUACAUCAUCACCAACAAAAAAUUUGGAAAAUUUACAAAAAGAAAAACGACCAGUUUCACCUAGAUUUUUUCCACCACCACCUUGUCCAUUACGUGAAUUAAACGAUCAACAACAUCAACCGUCAACACCAACAAAUUGUUUUUCAUCAUUAGAUAUUCCAAAAUGGGCCAAAGAUUGUUUAUAUCGAACAAUUGUACUCGGUCUAUCUCCACUUGUUAUUAAAGAUUCUUGUCCAUCAUCAUCAAUGACUGAAGAUACGAUAACAAAUAAUAGUCCAUCAGUGGUACUCACUCCUCAAAUUCCUCGUUCAACAAGUAUUUGUUCAAUCGAAAGUACCGAUUCAUUGGAGACGACAAGUGAAGCACCACCUUAUCAGCCUGCAUUUAAUAAUGAUCAAAAUCAAAAUGAUGGUGAACUACGAGUUCGACGAAGUAUAUCGAUACCCGACUAUCGACAUUUACAACAUCAAAAAGAAGAUCAUCAAUAUCAUUUACGAUUUUCAUCAUUACCCAUAACAGCAACAAAAUUUGACAAAAAUAAUAAUAAAGAUAAUAAUUAUUCAAGUCAUAAAGAGGAUGAUGACGAUGUAUCUGAUACUGAUUCGUACAAUUAUAUUGAUGACGAUCGUCUUCGAAAUAUUGUCGGUGAUUUACAUAAUCGAUUAAGUCAACUUGAGCAGUUAUAUGCUACAGUAUCCAAAAGUAGUGAAUCUCGUGAUAUAAUGCUUAAAAAUUAUAUUGAACAAAUAUUUACCGAUCUUCAUACACGCAUAACCCAACAAAAAACAUCCUCGACGAUCGAAGCAACAACGACGACUUCAGAAUGUUAA